GUCACAGGCAUUCUCGACUGGGAAUAUGCGGGAUGGUAUCCGGAUUAUUGGGAGUAUGCACAGAUUCUGAGUCCUGUUUUCUGGGGUGAUUGGUCAAUAUGGAUAGAUCGGACUACACCGCAGAGAUGGGAUCUUAGUGGGAUUAAUGCUGCCAGGAAAAUUUUGUUUUAA